CACCGCUGCUCUCGUCCACUUGCUAAUCGCGGCGUCUUGUACCUCAACAGCGCUUGUGUCGUCUGCCGCCGUGCCCUCCGCCGUAGUCGCGUGCUACCCUAAUUUCACAGUGCCUCACCAUGGCUCAGAUUGCGCUGCCACGCCAUCAGGCUACACAGUCGCAGUCGGCUGCCUCCGGCUCGCCCCUCUACGAGCGCCGCCAGCAGUCCCACGUCGCCAUGGUCGAGAUGGUCCCCAACCCCGACUUCUCCUUCCCCAUGCGCGAGCCCGACGCGUCGCCGACCAAGCCUCGCCCCAUGUCCAUGCAGUACCCGCCCGCCCGCCGCGGCUCCAUGCCGCACGCCCGCCAGAAGUCCGUGAAUGCCCUGCCCGCCUUCUCCUUCAACCCGGCAGGCAACGCACCGCCCCCACAGCAGACGUCGCCCGAGUCGUCGCCCGUUCUCGCGCCGACAACCCCGGCAAAGCCCAUGCACGGCCACCGCCGCGGGGGCAGCGAGCUCAUUGGCGGCAGUGCCCGGACAGGCGCGACAUUGCUGAGCAGCAGCCCCACAAAGGACAGCUUAUCCCCGCCCACCACCACACUCCAGCCAGGACCACCUGCCGGCCGCCGUGGCCACGCCCAUCGCCGCUCCGCCGCCAUUUCGUCCCACGACCUGUCUGCCAUCAUGAGCCCUCCUGUGCCUCCCGUGCCCCCAAUGCCCUCCCGAACGGGCAGUGCCCCCAACACUCCUGCCGAGAACCUCAAUGAUUUCAAGUUUGGACACUCCGUGAACAAGUCCAUGUCGCAGCCCUGCCUGCGAAACAGCAACUCGGACGACGACUCGAUGCCACGCCCACCUUCGAGGGCGCGUGUUGGCUUUUCUGACAAAGUCGAGUACAUUCGACCGCUCUCGACCAUCUCGUCGGAGACCGAACCGUCACUCUUCCGUGGACACUCGAAUGCGAACAGCCUGUCAUCGAUCGUUGGCGGCCACACCAUUAGCCCACCAUUCACGCGCUCAGGCACCCCAACCCUAUCUACAGUAGAAGACGAGAGCCGACCCGGCACCGCCGGCGCUAUCCUGGACAAGAUUCUGAGCAACCCGUUGAUUGAGGAGGCUUCCGACCGCAAGCGACCCAUGUCUGCUGGACGCUCUCGAUCUGCUGGACCAAGCCCCACAUCUCCUGACAUGCCAACCAAGAGACGAGGCUUCUUUCGUCUGGAAUCAAGGAUGGGUGAAAAGUCGAUCCACCGAAGGUUGCCGCUGAGUAUCUCCGACCCAGCUCUGACAACGACUUUCAACACGUCUUCUCUAGCAUCGCCUUCGGACGCUGAGCCGGCUGAAGACUCAAAAUCGAAAUCGAAGAAGUCGAGCCACAGGCCACGGAAAGUGAAGUCCUGGGCAAACUCAAUCAUCCCGAGGAAGGGCAAAAGCAGCAAAAAAUCAAAGCGAAGAGCGUCGACACCUGAACAGCCCGACGCUCUGGUCGAAGGCGAAGACACCGAUUCUUCUGAUGAGCCUGUCUUCGACCACUUCAGCCCCAACUUUGAUGAUGACAAUUCUGUCACCAUUGUCUCGCCUACAGCGGAUGCCGCACCUGCUCCGAAAAUCAACACCGAUUUCGCUUCGUGGCAACCGCGACAGCUGAAACGCGUAGAUUCGGAUGUCAUGAGCCCCAUCAUUGACAUGGAUGCGGCACUCGGUCCCUUCAAUACUCCAGAUGGCGCCGACCCGCGAACGCAGAAACGCGGAUUCGCGGCUCAUCGACGAGCUAUGCAUAGUGCUGGCGGCUUCACGCCCAAUCACCGCAGGACCGAGAGCGCCCCUGAGUUGGUACCUUUCGAGUUCAGGCCUUCAGCUGCCACCAACACCUCCCCAAUGGCCGAUGUAUUUGAGGAGGAAGAGCCUGAAGAGGAGAAGCCCGAAUCGAGGCGGGCAUCGGCCUCCACUUCCAUUGCGGAGGAACCCGAGACUGAGGAGCCUAAGAUCCAGAUUGUCGAAACAGAUAGCAAGCUGGUCGGACCGGCGAUCAACUGGAAUUUCAAUGAUGGUCUUGGCUUGAAGGCGCGUGCUGAGCCACGACACUCGCCCAUUCCAGAGGAGCCACUGUCCCCUCAUGCUGUUCCUCAAUCCUUCUCCAGCGCAGCCUGCCCGCAGGUCGAGGUAGUCGAGGAUUAUGAGGAACCUCGUACUUCUUCGCUCACGCACUCUUCAGACUCAACCGUCACACCGCAGUCAACACUGGAGGAGUUCAAAGACCACCCAUCGACCAUGGCUGUACCGGCCCCGCUUGCCCAGCAAAGUCUGAUGACGCCUAAUACGGUUACCUCCUCCUUCGGCUCGCCAGACUAUCGAUCGAGCCAAAUCUCCUUCGACACCCCUCGUGUGGGCACUGCGGCUUCGUCUGUCACCGACUAUCCUGUAAUGCCAUCACCAAACUUCGGAGAGCCUGGCCCUGAGAUGCGCAUCUCAUCUGAUGACGUGCCAUCUUUGACGUCGUCGAGGUCAACCAUGACAAGCAAUCUACAGGGGAGCUUCCCUCUCCCUCCUCCUCGCAGGGCAGGUGAUCGCUCGGCCUCGCUCUGCUCCACGCCCAGUGAGAUCGAAUCGCGCCGCCGCAAGCGCUCUAGCAUUGCAAGUCUUUCUCGUCUGAUCAAUGGAUCUUACGGUAGCGAGAAGAGCAAGCUUUCGAUUGAGCAACGACCCCAAUCUGCUUAUCUUGAACCUGUUGCGAAGGAGCACAAGAAGAAGCCCAGACGCUUGAGCAAGCUGAAGUUUUGGAGGUCCUCGAAAGACUCAGCAUCCUCCUCCUCGCAAGCGCAAUAAAUCUGUUACUCUACGAAUAUCACCUGCCACUUGCAUAUUAUCACGUACCCUAAUCCAGCGGACGGCACCUGCUGACGGCAUGACAUAAU